AUGAAUAGUACACGAAGCUUGUCGAAUGCCCUGUCGCUGGGUGACGGGGAUGAGGACGACGACGAUGAUGACGACGAAGAAACGCUUCAACUCAAGCUAGCGGAAAUCCAGGCGAGGUUAAAGCUGAAAAAGAUGCAGAAAGAAAGGUUGCAGGGUCGGUCUACCCCUGAUCGUGCGGCUAUGUCGGGCUUAGGUUCUGCCGCCGCCCUCGUAAGAGGUGAAUCGACAAGGUCCAAGCCCGGUUUGCAACCUGGGGGAGAAGUGCGCGCUUCUUCUGGUGCCGGUGCUAGUGCCGGCGCCGCAGCCACUGCUGCUGCACCACAGCCCACCGUCAUACCUGCGUCUCCUGUUCGAAGGGUCCAACCGCCUGCAGUGCAAACAUCUCCUAGCCGCGUACUCUUAGGUAUCGACAAGGGUUUGAGGGCAAAGGAUAUUUCACUAAGGCGGGCACCGAGCCUACGGAAACCGACGGAAAAUGUCACUGGACCAAAGUAUCUGAGGACCAAAUCCAACCCAGACUCCUCGCAGUCCUCUAUUGAGCCGCCUCGCCCCAGGAGCUUCAAUGAGAGGAUUGCGGCUGCAAGAGGCGAAGAGGAGGAGCGGCGAGAGCGGCAAGAAAGGAUACAAAGGCUUCGAUCCAACGCCUUUGGCAUGUCGCAAGGGGAGCUCGACCAGUACAAAGCUUCAGCAGUCUCCAUACCCACAGAGGAGCUCCGACCCCUCGAGUUUUCCCGUGCUGACAUCCUAGGCGCUCGGCCCAGCUCCGCCGGAGGUAAUUUGCAGAGGAGCAAUUCAACAUCUGCAAUCACUUCCUCCCAAGGCGAGAGGUCGCAGUCAGCAAUGGCGGGUCGGAAAGCGACCGAGGACAACCAGGAAGCAGAGAGUGCAUCUUUUGAGGCAUACUCAUCCUUCCACCUGUCGAAGCGCAUCCUACCCCAUGCAGCACUUGCUCGGCAGCUCCAAGGCAAGGCCAUGUUCGGCAUCAAGGAUCUACUAAAAGAGGUCAAGUCGCCUGAUUAUGCCCUCCCCGACGUAGAAGAAGACAUUGUCAUUUUCGCCAUCGUCGCUAGCAAGUCGGAACCUAGGUCCCACAAGCCGACAGACAACGGAACCCAGGUAGCUGAUCGGACCAAGUAUAUGGUAGUCACACUCGUGGACCUGCAAUGGGAACUAGAAUUGUUCCUCUUCAAUUCGGGAUUUACCCGGUUUUGGAAGAUUCCUGAGGGGACUGUGGUUGCUAUACUGAAUCCCAACGUUAUGGCUCCGCCCGCGUCACGCGUGCAUUCGGGCAAAUUCAGUCUAGUCAUCAACUCGGACGCCGACACGAUCAUCGAGAUUGGCACAGCGCGGGAUUUAGGCUUUUGCAAGUCGAUGAAGAAGGAUGGAAAGCUAUGCAAUUCGUGGGUGAACAAGAAGCGAACGGAAUUUUGCGAGUUCCACUCCAACGAGAUUCCUCAGAAGGACUGGUUCGGGCCAAAAACUAGCACGGGCGCAUCCUACGACCGAGAGACGCAUAGCCACUGGUAUGCUACCAAGUCGAUGAGUGCGGCAACCCUCAUCGACGGCGUUGCCGACAGAAAGGAGAGGGAAGAGGCGCUGAAGCGCAGGCUUAUCGCCAAGGAAAAGGAAGCCAAGAUUAUGCAGGCGCUCAGCAAGUCCGGUAGUGGGGCCGGUCAGGAGUAUAUGCGCAAAGCGGGCCGCAUGGCGGGAAUAGUAUCGUCGACGGCUUCUUCGGCGUCCCUGUCACAGCAGCAACAGUCACAGUCAACCGUCGUAGAGGGGGAUAAACCGCCACCGGACGCUAGGAGUCUCGGCCUUCUCCUGCCGCGUGGGGAUGCCUCUAGGUCUAUCCAUCUGAGCCCCAUCAAGCGAAAGCGAGCGGAUAGUUCCCAAUCGUCGCGCUCGGGGGCACGGUGUCGGCGCUAG